AUGCUGGCAAACCCGCCAGAGAGCAAGCUGCAGCCGUCUCUGAAACUGGAGAGUAAAGAACAGACCGCAGUCACCAUGGAGAGGGGGUUUCAGGCCCAGAAAUGCAGAAACGAAUUCCCAUCCUCUUCCUUCCCCUCAUUCCUCAUCUCCUCCCUUUCUUGCUGUUCUUCCUCUAGCUCCAGCCUGUCCCUGGCAGUUUCCUCGCCCCCAACAGCUGUGGCCUUCUCCCCCAAUGGGCAAAGAGCAGCUGUGGGCACUGCCAGUGGGACGGUUUACCUGUUGGACCUGAGAACCUGGCAGGAGGAGAGGUCUGUGGUGAGUGGCUGUGAUGGGGUCUCCUCUUGUUCGUUCCUCUCCCGCAACGCCCUCUUUCUUACUGGCUUUGACGGGCUCCUGGAGCUCUGGGACCUGCAGCACGGUUGUCGGGUGAUCCAGAUCAAGGCUCACCAGUACUGGAUCACCGGCCGCCGCCUGAGCCCAGACGGCCGGCUUCUGGCCACCGUGUGCCCGGGGGGAGGCCUGAAGCUGUGGGACACAAUCCGUGGGCAGCUGGCCUCCCAGCACACCUGUCCCAAGCCCCUCAACUGCAUCACUUUCCACCCAGAGGGGCAGGUGAUAGCCAUUGGCAGCUGGGCUGGCAGUUUCAGCUUCUUCCAGGUGGAUGGGCUCAAAGUCACCAAGGAACUGGGGGCCCCAGGAGCCUCUGUCCAUGCCUUGGCCUUCAGUGUGUCUGGGCGGGCUGUAGCUGCGGGCCGGCUGGACGGGAUGGUGGAGCUCUGGGUCUGGCAGGAGGGGACACGGCUGGCUGUCUUCCCUGCACACCAUGGCUUUGACCGUGCUGGGUGCCAGUUACUGAUAGCUGGAGAGGAUGGCAAGGUUCAGAUGUGGUCCAGGUCUCUGGGUCGUCCCCGUGGGUGCCUAGGUUGCCCCUCUCUCUCUUCUGCCCUCUCCGUGGCUCUCAGCCCAGAUGGUGAUCAGGUGGCUGUUGGGUACUGAGCAGAUGGCAUUCGGAUCUACACAAUCUCUUCAGGUUCCCAGGGGGCUCAGUGUCAAGCACUAGAUGUGGCAGUGUCUGCACUGGCCUGGCUCAGCCCUAAGGUGUUGGCGAGUGGUGCAGAAGAUGGGGUCCUGCAGGGCUGGAUGCUCCAGGGAGGCUCCCUUCAGUCCCUCUGGCUCUUGUCCAGACACCAGAAGCCUGUGCUGGCACUGGCCACAUCCCAGGAACUCUUGGCUGCAGCUUCAGAGGACCUCACAGUGCAUCUGUAGCCAAGGCAGUUGCUGGCACUGCCACAAAAGACAGAAGACUUUCCCUGUGGCACUGAGCUCCGGAGACACGAGGGCCCCAUAAGCUGCUAUAGCUUCAGCACUGAUGGAUGCAGCCUGGCCACCGGGGGCAGGGAUCGGAGUCUGCUCUGCUGGGAUGUGAGGACACCCAAAGCCCCUGUUCUGAUUUGCUCCUUCUCUGCCUGUCACCGAGACUGGGUCACUGGCUGUGCCUUGACCAAAGACAACCUCCUGGUCUCCUGCUCCAGUGAUGGCUCUGUAGGGCUGUGGGACCCAGAGUCGAGACAGCAGCUUGGUCAGUUCCUGGGUCACCAGAGUGCAGUAAGCACCAUGCUGGCCUUGGAGGAGCACGUGGUAUCUGUGGGCCGAGAUGGGACCUUGAAAGCGUGGGACCAUCAGGGUGUGGAGAUGACCAGCAUCCCUGCUCAUUCAGGACCCAUCAGCCACUGUGCAGCUGCCCUGGAGCCCAGUGCAGGUGUUUCAAACAUACACCCUCCUGGGACACAGUGGCCCAGUCAGUGCAGCUGCUGUUUCAGAAACCUCAGGCCUCCUGCUGACCGCCUCAGAGGAUGGUUCCAUACAGCUCUGGCAGAUGACACAUAUAUACCCAGGAGUCAUGCAGCCAUCACUGCUGUGGCCUGGGCCCCAGACGGUUCUACAGCAGUGUCUGGGAAUCAAGCUGGGGAACUCAACUUGUGGCAGGAAGCUAAGGCUGUGGCCACAGCACAGGCUCCAGGCCGCAUCAGUGCUCUGAUCUGGUACUCAGCACACACCUUGAUUGUUGUCAGUGCUGAUGAAAAAGUCAGUGAGUGGCAAGUAGAACUGCAGAAGGGUUCAGCACCCAUCAGGUGA